AAAAGGCUACCGAGCGAGUCUGCCGCCGCCGCUUUUCAGUACGUGACGGACGCGCGCGCAUCGCGACACGACCGAGACGCGCGGGACUCUGCUGCAGCAGCCGCCGCCACCGCUGCCGAAGCCGCCGGAACGCAUCGCCGAGACGGACAAUUGUGAUUCCAGAGCCGGUUAGUUCUCCAUACAUGCGUGUGCUGCAACACUUCCGUUACCAUUGUCGACGACGACGGAACUGCAAUGGCAGUCGUCCGGAUGGCCACGAAACGGUUUUUCGCCACCCGCGACGCCAACAAUGUUAAGAAUUAUAAUAUCGCCGCCGUCAUCCUGUGUAUCACAACUAUAGUCCUGCAUUCAGGCGACGCAGGAGUGUUGGACGACAAUUACGGAAGAUACAUUGGGUACAUUAAGGGCAUCGCUCAUGGUGUCCGUGGAACAGUGUACGCAGUAGACGAAAACACGCUAUUCGUCCGGGAUUUCUUCUACGAUGGUAUUGGCCCGACUGCUUAUUUUUGGGCUGGGAAAUCAUCAAGAAUUUCUCCGGACGGAUUUACCAUUCCAUAUCCUGAGGACUAUCCGGCAGUGGAACCGCCCCCGCUACAGACGCACAACAAUUCAAACAUCAUAUUGCGGUUGCCGGGCGGAAGACGCAUCAAAGACAUCAAAUGGCUGUCGGUAUGGUGUAGGCGGUUUACGGUAAACUUCGGCGAGGUGUACAUAUCAGCCACACUGGACCCACCCAAACCACGGAUCUUACCAGAGUUCAAACGUUUAGCUCACAGUUUGCGGUCGGGCAAUAUCAGUAUUCUGGACGCGAGGACAUUUUACAUACCAAAUUUACACUACGACGGCUUGGGGCCAGACGCAUAUUUUUUCGUCGGGAACGGUUCGGAGCCGUCUCCGUACGGCGUCAAAGUUCCGAACGAAGUCGGGAGCUUGGAACCGCUGAAAGGCUACCAGGGUGAAGACAUAGAAAUCCAAUUACCCAGAAGCCUGACGAUGCACUCGAUCGAUUGGCUGGCCGUCUGGUGCGUGCAGUACACGCACAAUUUCGGCCACGUCAACGUCCCCGACGAUUUGGACGUGCCGCCCGCGUUGGGGCAGACCAAGCUCACCCCAACAUGGUGGUACAAUCCAACGAGCAGCACUACUUCGGAUCCCGAAGGGCGUUGGGAGAUGAGCAACUGUCGAGAACUAUUACCCGGUAAACUACAAGUGCACUGGGAAGUGCAAGGCGAUUGGGUUCAAGUGCAGUUGACCGGGAAGAUACGUGAAAACCAAUAUAUGGCGUUCGGUCUCAGUGGCAACCAAAAUAGCGUGACGAUGAUCGGCGGUGACGUGGUGGUAGUGUUUUACAAUCCGGCGAAAAACUCGUUCCACGCUGAGGACUAUUACCUGUCUGCUACCACCGAGUGCGACGACAAGAACGGAGUGUGCCAGGACGAGCGGCUAGGCGGCAGGAACGAUGCGGUUCUGGUGACCGGCACUCGGCGUAACGGUGUGACAUGCGUCGUGUACCGGCGGCCGGUUCAGACCAACGAGGCCAUCAAUGACCAGCCAGUGCCCGUGGACGUGGCCGCACUGGUCAUAGCAGCCAUCGGACCACUGGGAAGUUCCGACCAGCCCGGGGCGCAUGCCAUCCAGGACAUGACCACAGACGAAAUACGAAUAAAUUUCAACUCAAGGGACGAUCACUCGUGUACAGUUUCCUUAUACAAUCUGGACGAUGACUUGGAGCUGUCUGCGUGGCCGCCCAACAUCAUCAUUGGCGAGAAAGAGUUUAGAGCCAAGCUCGGGCCAUCAGGUGGCGCUCGGGGUUACACGGCUAUUACUGGACAUUCUACCGGCGACGUCGUCUGGUACAUAAACGACAAACUUAUACCUGAAAUCUACGUGGAGAGGAGACAGACGUACACGUUCAUCGUCGAAGGAGGGAAUGACCCGAACAAAGGCGAACACUAUCAUCCGCUUUACAUCACGGACAGCAGCGAAGGAGGAUUCGGGCAGAAAGACGACGCGGAACAGCGGAAACAGCGGGUUUUCGCCGGAAUCGUCUACGACUCCGACGAAUUACCUUUCCCCACGACAGCCGGUCGAUAUUGUGAAUUUAAGUUCAAGUCUUACGACCGUUCGUCAGAAAUGGAAACCUUCAACGCUUUUUUUGACUCUUUGAAAUUAUCAUGCGAAAAUGGCAAUGUUGGCUUACUGAACUGGACGGUCGCUGAAGAAACACCGGAUCUGGUCUACUAUCAGAGCUAUUCGCAGACUUUUGUCGGAUGGAAAAUCCACGUGGUCGACCCCGGAUACAAGUGGAACGACGACAAGAACGCCGCGGCCAGCAGACAGCACGGCGGUCUGCCGUUGACGUGCGCCAUAUUGACCGCCGCCACCGUUGUAGCCGUCCAGCGGAUUUUCACGAUUAGUUUACUGUGAUGCGUACAACGAUCCGGUAAACAACGGACCGACGGCGGCGGCGGCGGCGGCGUGAUCACAACAAUUAUUAUUAUAACGCCCAACAAUAAUAAUAAUACGACACUCGACGACCGCCACCGCCGCCGCCGCCGCCGCCGAACACCAGUGACGUGAACGUUUGUGAACGUUUGUGAACGUUCGUCGCGAUCAUAAUAAUAUUAUUACUUAUCGUCCGUAUAAAAAAAAUAUCAUAAGAAUAUUUUCAGACGACCUUUUCUCGCCCCGUCUGCGUUUUCCACUCAACAGUUUAACCACAGUUCAGUGGUAUUUAAACAACCGCGGUCGAAUCUCGGUUAGAGGUUACACCCGGAGCGUAUAAGGUCAAUGGUCUCGUCCCAUUUGAAACGGGACGAUAAGUCGAUAAUAUUAUUAUUGUCGCGAGUGUACAUUUAAAAAAAAUCAAAUCCAAACGUUUUCGUCUCCGGCGUCCGGAGCCCGUCGUUUCGACGACGGAUGUUUUUAAUUGAUAUUUCGAUGCAACUAUAAUAUAGGACAAUACCCGAUGCGCGCUUUCUCAAGCGAGUGGAUUUCAAGCGAUCUAAAUCCCAAAUAUCUACCUAUAUUAUGUGCGUUUCGUUUUUACGUCUGUCGCUUGUGAGUUGGAAGGCCGUCGCCCAAAGCGCCUGUCGUCGUACUUGCGACCCUCCCGAGUCUGACCUUGAAACAUUAAUUGACCGAUCACGGCUGCAGUCUUAUUACCGGCUGCAGUCUUAUAUGGUACCUACCGUAACAAUAAAAACGUAACCAACUUACGCGGUAAACGUGUGGUGAGUUUGUUCGUUUCAAAUUUCAAAAACUAUUCGAAAAAAUAAAAAAAAACGACGUCUGAAAAAUCUAAUAUUAUGAUAUUAAUAAUUAUCAGUCGUUUACAAUAAAUUACUAUACUAGGUGAUGGCGACGUCUGAUAUUGAUAUUUAUUUUAUAUAUUUUAGAAUGUUAUAAUUUAUAAUUAAUUAUACUUUGGUACAUAUAAUAUAUUAAGAGUAGGUAUAAUAUUAUUAUUAUAAUUUAUAACCAUAGAUUAGUCUAUUUUCGAUCAAAAAAUAUCGAUUUGCUUUUAGAUUGGCGAGCUAUAAUGCUAUAUGUGGCAAUAUUUCAAGAAUACUAACUUAAUUUAUUAAAUUAGCAGAUACACACACACUAGUAUAAAAUUCGAAUGUUUCACACGUCAUGGUUGUGUUGACUUGCAGGCGUAGACGGUUUUUGUUGAACGAAAUCCGAUAGCCACAUACAAAACACGUUAAUCCCGUAAAAUUCUAAUGGUGUUUAUCAUUGAUUGUCAUCAUCUACAUGGCAAAUAGCAAUAAUAAUAUUAUUAAUAUUAAACGCGGUACCAUAUUCUUUUACGAGCAAUACUUACUGUAGUUAGUGUCCAAUAUUCAUUAGUUAGUUAGUUAAUUAACUUUAUAAAGUUAUAAAUUAUAAUAAUAUUAUCAAGAACAGAGACGCGACGGCGGUCGGUUCAACGCACAGACUAAACGUAAAACGAAAACGCAGUUUACCCAACAUUAAGAAUAUCAAGCAAAACCAAACAUAUCAUUUGCAUAAUAUUAUUUAUGCACAUAGUAAACUAAUAAUUGAGUGGAUUUUUGCUGUAGACGUUAAGGCAUAUUAUAAUUAUAAAUUGCAUUAUAUUAUAACAAUAUAAUUUAAUGUAUAAUAUUAUAUUAUUAUUACGCACGUUUAACGGUAGAUCGCUGUAAGUAGAAUAUUAUAAUUUAGUAUACUUCUUAGUCGGUACGGUUCAGUCAUAAAUUCAAUGUUGUACAUUAUUAUAAGCUUCUUCGCUGGCAAUUAUUUUCUCCCAAAACCGAUGGACAUAAAAAAGGGACCCACUGGCCGCCACCGUAUAAAAAAAGCAAUAUCAUUAUAAUAUUAUAACGGUAGUGAUAUUUCCGACAUAAUAACCCAACUAGAUUCGCACAACAAAUAAGGAGAGUGGCCGCUGACGAGGAGAGCUUCGCGAGAACAAUAUUAUUGUAAUUUGAUUUCAACGAUAACAAAACAAAACAAAUAAUUAUUAGAUAAACACAAAUAAAAUCAUCAAAACCGCGGCAUGUCGGCAUCGUUAUCAUCAUGACAAAGACUAUUAUAAGAUCGGUUGUCUUAUUUGUACGAUUGUUGUCGUGAUGUAAAUUGUGUAAGAAUUUUUAAAACACGUUAACUCGUAGACAAACAGAGUUGAGCUUUCAUAAUUUCGAUGAAAAUAAUUAAUAAACACUUCAAUAAAAUUCAACCUCCACCGUCGUUGAUAAUAUUAUAUUAUUUUCCUGCAAAUAUUAUGAUACGCGUGACGGGUGUGCCUAUAUUAUGUGUAACGCGACGGCCAACUCUUCGGCUCUAUUUUCUAAAAUCUAAAUUUUUGAGUACAUUUUUUGGGCUUGUUAUGAUGUAUUAUACGAUAAUUAAUAAUUAUAAACAAACCGGUUGAAGCGGAAGGAUUUUGUAUGAGAAACAUCGUUUCGCGAACUCGAAAAGAAACGCGGGGAUUCUUAAACGCCCACAAAAGCCAAGUCGUAAAACGCAAAGCACAACAUUGAAAACUGAUUCGCACAAUCUCAAAGUUGAACAAAGAAAAUUAAUACUUAAUAACAUUAAGUUAUAUUAUCUAAUAAACGCCGUGACGUAGAACACACGUCGUGAUAACUCUUAACGAUUCGUAUACGAAAAAUACGUCAUAUUACAAUGAACAUUGCAGAUCGCUUCCAAAGUUUAAAAAUAUCAAGAUUAUGUAAAUCCGAAAUCGACAAUGAUUCGAUUACGAAUUAUAAUAAUAUUAUUUACGACACUAUAAAUAAUUAUAAUACGUCAAAUAAAUUCGAGUGUCGAUGUCGUUCGUUAAUUUUUCGACUACGCAUGCGCACACACUAUUUUUAAUAAUACAAUACCUAUGUAAUCCAUAAUAAUAAUAUUAACAAAUUGUAUUUUAAUGGUUACGACCUUAACGAGUUACGACUUACGACUCACGCGAGUUCUAUAAUACAGUCGGUCCGAUAAAAUCUUUAAACAAUAUUGCUCAAAAUAUAAUAUUAUUAUGAUCUCGUAUAGCAUAAUAUUAAUAUCUACGAGUGGAACCGAUUCUCGAGUGAAAUCCGCGAAUACACUCAUAUACGCCCAAGCCGUCAUCAUCGUGAUUAUUAUUUAUUAGUCAUAAUAAUAAUAUCAUAAAUUUAUAAUCGAUCAUCCGAUUUCUUCGAGCAUCCCAUACAAUAUAAUAUUAUAAGUUAUAAUACAAUAUUAUAUUAAAAUGUAAUCGAAACGUUUAAACUUUAAACCAAUAAACCGAAUGUUGAUACAAAAUGACAAUAAUAUUUUCUAGGUUUUAGUCGAUUAAAUUUUAAGGAAUCUCGUAACUAUAAAAUAUAAUAUAGGUAAUUAUUGACAAUAAAAUAUGUUCUAAGUGGUUAUUACGUUUAAAAUAUUAUGUUAAUCGUUUUUGUAUAAUUUUUUGUAACACACUAUUUACGUAAUUCAUAUACCUAUUAAUAUGGCUAUAAUAAUUGUACCUAUGUGAAUACGAUAAUAAAUUAAUAUAAAAUAUGUAAUAAUAAUUUUAUAUUAUACUGUACUACAUUUCUCUCGUCAAAUUGUAAACGUUUAAGAAAUUUUUUUUUAUUUUUAUCUGAUUUUGCUCUUGUCGAAUAUGUAGACAUACUAUAGUAUAGUACCUAAUUAUAGUAGCUAAGUUCGUCCCCCAAUUUAUUUUUUACUAGUUGCUAUAAUAAUAUGAAUUAUGAUAUUAUGUUACUGAUGUAGUGAUGUCUAAAAGUGUUUUCAUAAUACUAUAAAAUAUUACAUAAUAUAUUAUAUUAUACGCGUUUCACGAAACUAUGAUAUGGUUAAUUUCUGAUAAAUUAUAUUUUUCUAUGGAAAAUUGUGUAAAAAAAAAUUCAAAUUCAAUACUGUCAUAAUUAACAAUAAUUUGAAAUAGUAGAUUUAUCUAGCGAGAAAUUAUCAGGCACAUUGUACAUGUUAUGUAACUAUUAUACAUUUAUACCUACAUAGGUAGUAUAUUAUAUAUUAUACAUCAAAGUAAUUUUCCUUGCGUAUUUAAAAUUGCGGUAUAAAAACUCAUAAUGUCCCCGAUAGUAGACAUAAAUUGUGAACUUAACCAAAAUUAGUGAAAAAUAAAUAUCUUUUAGCCCACCCCCGCGAAUAUAAUUAUCUAAACCAGUAUCUAAACUACCGCCUUGGUGGUCCUGGACUUUGAUGUAACAAACAAUAAAAUUAAAAAGAUAAAUAAACAAUUUUAUUUUAAUUUUGUGAAAUUAGUAAUAUAAUCGUAUUGUGUGACGUAUAUAGUAACGCAGUAAAUAUUAUUACCAUCCACCAAUUUCAAGAUUCGUCCUAUAAAUCCAUCUCUCGUUAAUUCGUUGUACUGUUUUGUUUACACUUCACUAUAGAACUAUAUUUUGUUUCUGACGAGAGCGUGUUAAAAGUUUAAUCGGUUAAGUUUUAUAUUAUGUGUUUUAAGUCUUAAGCAUAAUAUUAUUAUAUUGUAUUUUAAGUAUUACUAACUACAUAUAAUAUAUUAUUAUUUAUAAGGAAAGUUAUAUUUAUAAGCAGUCAUGAUGUUUUAACGGUACCGGGAAUAAAACGUAUUGUAUACGUAAAUGUGUGUACUGUGUAGGUGCUUUUUAUAGAAUUUUUAGGUAGGUAUUUAUUUUUAUAAAACACUCGAGUACCAGCAAUUAGCAUCCAGCUACACAAUAAUAUGUGGCGAAGAAAACAGUUUUAGUCAAAAUCUAUGAACAAAAAAAGAGAACAAACAACAAUAAUAGGCAUAAUACGUUAGGAAAACAUGUUAGUCUACAAUAGCGGUUAGGUUAGGUUAGGUUAAACCCACACGGCCACACAUAAACCGUAUAAAAUAAAAUAAAUCGAUUUCCCGUGUACCUAUUGUUUAUUGAUGUAAAAUAAUAAUAAUUAUACAAUAUUAUAUACCUAUCUCUUGUAAUAUUUUAUAAGAAUAUGAAACAAAUCUGUGUUUUUGAUGACAAUAAUUAUCACAUUAUUACUAAACAUUUUUUUUUUUUUUAUUAAUAUUACUAUUAUUAUAAUAAUUGUUGUUCUUUAUUAUUAAGGACUACAAGUCAAAUUUGAAUUUUAUGUAAACCUCGACAAUAAUUUUUCUUAGACGAUUAAUAAAUUACAAUAUAAUUUAGGUUAACUUUUAAUAUAAAUUAUAUAUGUACUUAUCGCUUGAAAGAAUUUUUUUAUAUAAAAAAAUGUAUCAUUCAUACGAUUAAUUACAUUAAUUACAUUUAGACAUGUAUAGGUAUUUAUAAGAAACUGGAAAGAGAGAAAGAGAGAGACAUUGGGUGUUGUAAAAAUAUUGUUUUUUUUUUACACUUUAAUGUACAAUGUGUAAAAUAAUUAAUAUGUUACAGACACGGUAAAUGGAGUAAAGCAGAUUUAAUAUAUAUAUAUAUUUAUAUAUCAUAUAAAAUGUAAUAGAUUUGUGUGUUUACACCUGUUUGUCUCUCUCUAAAAAAAAUAAAAAUAAUUAAUUAAAAUAAUUUUUGCCGUGUAAACUAAUUUAGAUUUUAUAAAUGUGUUAAUGUUACCUUUAUAUGAACACUUGACAAUAAUAUUAGUUUAAUUUGUAUAUUUAAUAUUUAUUGAUAGUAUAUAGCUAAUUAUGUUUUUUUUUUUUUUUUGACAAACUUUAUCAAAAUAUAAUGAACUUACAUAUUAUUAUUAAGCUAGUAUACCUACAGCUGUAUUCCAAAUAAUAUUAGAUGAUAUCCAUGAUUUGAUAUUAUUAAGUAGAAGUAGAAGAUGAUGUGAAUGUUUUCUUUAUUAUACCUACCACUAAAUCUUUUUUUUUUACGUUUUGUUCUGCUCUUGGGCAGUUAUUAUUAUUAUAUAAUAUGAACAUGUACCUACUAAAUAGCACAGUUUAUAAUUUAUUAUAAAAAUAAAAUAUGUUUAAAACUUUAAAAUAUAUCUACAAUGUAAAUCGUAUGACUGGAUUUUCAAAAUAAUUAAAAUACAUACUUCUUCUAUUUAUUUAAUAAAAAAAAAUACCAAGUAUAUUAUGGGCUUUACAUAUUCUUUGUUUAUUAUAUGUAUUA